ACUGGGACACAAAACGCAACGAUGAAGUGAAAUAGUCGUCUGCCUGCCAACUGCUAAUAACAGCUUUGCUCGGCUUGCAGCCAACGACAGAAAUUUGACAGUUUCUUCAAAUUGCUUGCUUACUGCCCCUGAAAUAUUCAUUUCCUUACAAAAACUCUUCUGUCAUCAUGGAGGAACAAGUCGACGAAAGAGUACUGGAGGAAAUAGAAGCACUCGAAGCUAUUUUAAUGGAUGAUGUAUCAGUGAAGAAGUCAACUGGAGGCACACCUUACCUUGUUGAAGCUGAUGUGUUCCCUGCAACUGCUGACGACACAGAUCAACAGUAUGUUCGUGUUACACUUGAGGUGAAACUAAAUCCAGGUUACCCUGACAAUCCUCCAGAAGUUUUGUUGAGGAAUCCAAGAGGUUUAGAUGACGAACGUCUUCGAGUUAUUAUGGAGCAAAUUGAAGAAAAAUGUCAGAGCUGUUGUGGUGACCCUAUACUGUAUGAUCUGAUCGAGUUGGUACGUGAGCAUCUCACAAGCAGUAACUUACCAGCAUGCCCGUGCACCAUUUGUUUGUAUGGUUUCUCGGAUGGUGAUCACUUCAUCAAAACAACUUGCUAUCAUUACUACCACGCUUACUGUUUAGCUGAACAUGCUACUAAAACAGAAAAAUUCUUUAGAGAGGAGCAAGAAAAACUUCCCCAAUUCCAACGCUCUCAAACAUUUGAGGUUCUCUGUCCGAUAUGCCGAGAGCCUAUUAAAUGUGAUGUUGAAACUCUUUCAAAAGCUCCACUGCCUUUGGCUGUGCAAAGUGCCAGCAUUAUGGAACCGGAUGCCAAGUUACGUGAAUUGCAAGAUUAUAUGAGUGCUUUGUACAUUCAACAAAAAGAAAAAGGGGGAAUAAUUGACCCUGAUGCUGCUGAUAGCAAAGUCCUCCUCGUCAACGAACCUUAUUAUGUAGUUAUUAAAAGUUCUCAAACUGUUGUGGGCUCAUCCACAAGUAAUUCAAAUCACCUUUAUGGAGGUGGUGAGAGCUGUACCAACACUGAAGGGGCUCCGCCUGAAGAAGAGACUACCACCCCUCGAUGGAGGCAGCGCCAGUUAGAACAACAGGAAAGACAGCGGCAGCGAGCAAUGCAGCAAAGAGAUGGUCGUCCUGUACAGCAACCUAAAUCUUCUAAACCACCCAAACCAGCUAAGGCUAAUGACGACGAUGAAGAAGGCGAAGGAGAACCUCAGCGCAGUAUUGGGCGGCAGCGCCGUGGUCGAGGACGUGGUCAAAAGAUCAACCAUCGCAAUAGAUGACAAGAAAUCAUAGAGCCCUGGGCUGGGCCACAUAGAUGGUGUCAUGACUGGCUACAAUCGUUCCUCCACUUAUCUUGUAGGAGAUAUCAUUUACUUUACCAUUUGCUAUCCUAUUUAAUAUUAGAUUCUAUUACUCUUCAAAGCGCUGUGUUUAGGAUAUUGUCAUUGACAAGCACUAAAGUCUUAAUUGUUCAGUCUUUCCUCUAAAAUUCUUGAAGUGGAAAGCGAGUGCGUUAUGUGUUCAUGUUCUAUAUCCAUGACUGAAGAUGUGAUAUUGCUACUUUUCCUCUUUUUCAUUGGCAGUUCAUUGUAGAAAUUUGGGUUGUUAUGGUUUGGGAUGAGAGUGACAUAUUAGACCAGUAAAGAUAAAAUCAGUGUUUAAAAAAAUAUUACUGUAACAGGAUUGCACAGUAAGUUAUUUAGAGCUGGCUUGUUACCCUUCUGGUAGGGCAUGUGAAUUUAUGUGAAUUUUCUGCUUCUUGGUAAAGUUAUUUGAUUGGGAAAUUCUGAUGUGAGAGAAAUCUGAAAACCAUGUAUUACUGUGCACUGGUUAAACCCUAAACUGUGACUAAACCAAAGAGUAACAAGCUUGACCGUAAUGUUUGAUUUCAUAUCAAAAAUUUGUGAAAUUUUUUGUAAAUCAUUUCAGCAGAGUGGUAUUGGCAUCCUGUAGAUUUGCAACUACUAUGGCAUGUAAUGCUAAUGCUCUAUUAAAAUAUGUAUUUUGCUGCAAACCACUUUACUUGUUUUUCAUUCGUCAUCAUUGUGUGCUUCAUAAAUUUUAGACAUGUUUCAGUAUCUACUCUCUUUAGCAGAGAGUGUUUUUAGGUGUGAGUGUUCCUGUGCAUAUCAUGUAAUGUUGUGGUUCUUUAUUAAAAUUAAUUUAUUUGCCUUGGCUUUAUUGGUAGUUACCUUUUGCUCCAGUUGAUGAGCCUAAGUCUUGUAAAAUGUCUAUUGUUACUUUAAAUUUUGAGAGAUAUAAUAGAUGUAAACUCAAGAAUGUAGUCUAUGUAAACCAGUACUCUGUCCUCUGAAGUACCAUUCUUCCCAAAUUGACCACUUUGGAACUUGAUUUCCUCUGUUAUGAAUUUUAUUUCAUGAUAUUUUGUUUGUGGUAAAUGUGCUCAUUCCAUAGGUUUUAAGAAAAUAGGAUUGACGCAAUUGGGCUUCAGUGGUUUCCUUAUAAUCUAAGGAAUAAUUUGUAACUGAAUCAGCUAGUCAUACCAUCUAUGAAGGAUGAAGCACAAUCUUAAAUUUUUGUUAUUGUCAUGCUUUUAUGGGUACUAUUUUGUAGCUCUGAUUCUCUUUAUUCUUCUUGCAAUGGUUCAGUAGUAGAGGAGAAAUCUUUGUGAUUUAAUAGCGUCAGAAAAUUUUGUACCUGUAUUUAAGUUAAAAGCUCAAUGUUUUUUUAUUUACCUUUGAAGUAGUGUACUGCGUGACCGUGAAUGGCACCAUUAGUUUGGGAGCUUCCUAAAAAGUAAGCAUUGGUUUUUACCACCUUGGUUUUUACUAUUUGUGUUAUUCUUUGUUUUAUGAGUAUAUUAUUUAUCUAAAUAUUUAUGGUUAUUUACUGGGCCAUUUGCAAUAUUGCAUAGUAGAGUCCCAAAUCUCUAAGUAUGAAGUCAUGUGACUUCUUGUCUUUCUAAAAUGAUAAAGGUAGCUUGUAGAAAUCCUUGUGUUUCCCAAAUGUUUGCACUACUUAUCUAGCAUAAAAUGUAAUGCAACCAAAAGUAAAGGCUUGUCAAUAAAAGUAAUUUAAUGCU